AUGCCGGAGGAGCUGCUGGGGCUCAACUGCUCCGGCCAGGCGUGCGCGGCGGCGGCGGCGGCGGGCGAGUCCGGGCGCUUUCAGCACCACGGAGAGUUCUCGGCGCCCGUCUCGGUCCUGCUGGCGGUGCUGAUGGCGCUCCUGGUCUUGGUCACCGUCUCCGGCAACGCGCUGGUCAUCCUGGCGUUCGUGGCGGACAAAAGUCUCCGGAGUCACGGGAAUUUCUUCUUCCUGAACUUGGCCAUCGCCGACCUCCUCGUGGGUGGGUUUUGCAUCCCCCUCUACAUCCCUUACGUUCUGACUGGCGAGUGGAAGCUGGGAAGAGGAUUGUGCAAGGUUUGGUUGGUGGCAGAUUAUCUGGUGUGCAGCGCCUCCGUUUUCAACAUUGUCUUGAUCAGCUUCGACCGAUUCAUCUCUGUUACGAAAGCGGUGAGCUACCGAGCCCAGAAAGGGAUGACAAGAAAUGCUGUGGUCAAAAUGGUUCUGGUGUGGAUCUCCGCUUUCCUCCUCUACGGCCCAGCCAUCAUCAGCUGGGAGUACAUUGCUCAGAAAACCAUCGUCCCCAAGCGAGAGUGCCAUGCAGAAUUCUUCUACAACUGGUAUUUCCUCAUGAUCGCCUCCACCGUAGAGUUUUUCACACCCUUCAUCAGCGUCACCUAUUUCAACUUGAGCAUUUAUUUCAACAUCCGGAAGCGGACGCCGCUCGGCGCCCAGAACCUCUCCCUGGGCCGGAGGGACUGUGGAAUGUGCCCCCGAAGGAAGAAGCAGGAGCACCCCAUCUUCUUCAUGAAAGUCGGCAGGGGAAGAAAUCAGGAGAGAGUCAACGGCUUCUCCCCUCAGAAGCCGGCCAGCCCGAGGCUCGACGUCCAUCACCGGCCAAGCCAGAUGGUAGAAUUCAACGUCCAUCAAGAUCUUCCACCUUUGCAAGUAGACGUCCAGACCAAGUCUCCCUGGGAUGGUUUCUACAAAGCCCUAGAGAGCAUUUCCAACCCCACCCGUAAGACGGAGGUGGCCAGCACCAUGGCUAGUCGGUGUCGGCUUUCCCGGGAUAAAAAGGUAGCCAAAUCUUUAGCCAUCAUUGUCUGCGUCUUCGCUUUCUGUUGGGCUCCUUACACCCUCCUCAUGAUCAUUCGAGCGGCCUGCCACGGACGAUGCAUCCACCACGCUCUCUACGAAGCCUCGUUCUGGCUCCUGUGGCUUAAUUCGGCCAUUAACCCCGUCUUAUACCCCCUUUGUCAUGUGAGCUUCAGAAAAGCCUUCUUUAAACUCCUGUUCCCAGGGAAGGCUAAAAUCCACCCUAAUAUCUGUGUGUGAGAAUGUUUGUUGUGAGAGAAGAUGUUGUCUUUAGCAAAGGAUUGAUUGCACACUUGGGCGAGGAAAAAAACACAACGCGUUGACUGUCCAUUCAUCUUGAACCCAUACCAUAUCCAGGUAAGGAGGACAGCCUUCCAACUUUCUGUCCAAACUAUUCAAGAUCAUGGGAACAUUUGUUUCUGGCAACAUAAGAGUUCUGAAAGCUUUAGGACUCUUUUUGAGACCUUGCAUCAGUAAUUUAUGCAGUGAGUGCUGGGGGAUCCAUUAUCAAAACAAGGGAUAUACCGUGCUUCCCGGAAAAUAAGACAGGGUCUUAUAUUAAUUUUUUGCUCCAAAAAAGC